AGUUGAAUCGAGUCCACCAUGUGUAUUUGUUUCAGCCUCUUCAAUCUUCUUUAUCAGGUCUAGGAAGAGGAAGACUAGGAAAACUUCGCCGAUCUGCCCACCAAGUCACUAGUACUCUUUGUGCUUCAAGUUAGACCGCUUAUUCGUUUAAGACUCCCGAAAAAGCACUCUCGGAGAUUACAAUGACUAACGUAUAUAUAAUGUGAAACUAGGACUCUGUCCAGCGCCUGCGAUGUCGAUUCACGUCCCACUCCCAGUCCCGACUCCCUCGCACGAGAUUGCACCACCUUCAGCUCUUUCCGAGAAGCAGCAGACUGCAUAUGACCAUGUCCUCGAACACUUCACUGCCGUAGACUAUGCACUUCCAAAUGUCAACCAGGAGAAGGCUGCACUGACGGUGGAUGAAAAUUUUUGGCUGUCAUAUGAAUGUCUUUUGAGAUAUCUCCGUGCUACCAACUGGAACGCAGAUUUGGCCAUCAAGCGCUUAGAAGAUACGCUCAGGUGGAGACGUGAAUUUGGGAUAUACGAUAAAAUCACCUCCGAAUAUAUUGAACCAGAGGCAACUACCGGCAAAGCAUUUCUUUUUGGCUAUGAUACUCACGGGCGACCUGCCAUCUAUGUGAGCCCCUCAAAAGUGGGUGCUGAAGAGUCACCCCGCACACUCCAGUUCAUUGUCUGGAUAGCCGAACGCUCUUUUGACCUUAUGGGUCCAGGUGUCGAGAGCCUUGCGUUGUUGGCGGAUUUUGCAGACAACGCCAAGUACCCGUCAAUUGGCUUGUCCCGUACAGUAUUGGACAUCAUCCAAACACACUAUCCAGAACGCCUCGGCCUUGCGCUCGUUACACAUCUUUCCUGGCUUGUAAACGCAUUUAUUGCACUACUCAUGCCGUUCAUGGAUCCCCAUACUCGGCAGAAGUUGGUCUUCAACCCUGUCAUCAACGAGAAUGGUCUAUUUAGGACGACUGCAGAUGCGGAAGUUUGGGAUGCCGAUAGCACGUCACGAGUAUUUGAGCCAGCUCAGCUUAUCCAGGAAGGUUGGAAUGGCUCACAACAGUUUGCGUAUUCCCAUUGCGUAUAUUGGGAAGCGCUUUUAAAGCUGUGCGAGGAGAGGCGCUCUAGGAUGUUCGUGGUAUGGCAUCGCAUGGGCGGGAAAAUUGGUAUCAAGGAAUGGGAUAUUAAGGUUGCUGUUAGAGACGAGAUGAGCGACGGGCAUGUAGAUGUGGAUGGGACGUUGACGGAGAAUGGCCAGCUUCAGUCGUGAGGAAGCUGCAGCCAAGCAUUCAUUGCUAAUUUGCUUUUCUUUCUCAGCGUACAAUGUAAUGGUACUCACAUCUUGAGCUGUUUUGUAGACUUACUGGUAAAACCAGGUUUGUUGUGUUUUAGGAUCUGUCGGAGAACGCUCGUAAUGAAAUCGAAGCUUGAAGACCAACUGGAAUUUACAGGAUGUUCAGGACAGCAUUACUAGUUGAUCUAACAAGUGUCCCGACGUUUCGCGGCUCUGGAGCCCACUCUGGUGUGAGGCGUACCCUCAUCAGUCCGUCGUUCCCGCUGGCCGUUCUAGACGUGCGCUCCUGUAAGAUGAGAUGACUUUAUUG